AUGAGUCUCUCGUGGAAGCCUGUGACACUUUGUCUGAGCUUGUUGCUGUUAUUUGAUAGCUAUCGCCGGAUCGGGAGCUUCGAGCUGACGCUAUUGCACACCAACGACAACCACGCGCGCAUCGAAGAAACCAGCGCAGACUCUGGAAAGUGUCCGGCCGGGGGUCGUUGCUUCGCAGGGGUGGCCCGACGAUUCACCAAAGUGUCGCAGAUCCGCAGGGAGGAGAAAAAUGUCUUGCUCCUGGAUGCCGGCGACCAGUUCCAAGGCACAGUGUGGUUUAACUACUACAAAGGCGCAGAAGCGGCUUAUUUUAUGAACAAACUCGGCUAUAACGCGAUGGCUUUCGGGAACCACGAGUUCGACAAUGGAGUGGAAGGGCUUAUCUCGCCUUUCCUGCAGAAUGUUAAUUGCUCUGUGGUGAGUUCUAACAUCAAACCGGACACGACUCUGGCAGCCAAUUUUAGUCGGUAUUACCGGCCUCACGCUUUACUCGAAGUGGGAUUGGAGAAAGUCGCCGUGGUCGGGUAUACCACCGCCGAGACUCCCGUCUUGUCUAUGCCAGGUCCACACCUCAAAUUUGAGGAUGAGGUAGCAUCCCUGCAGGUCGAGGUAGACAAGCUGCAGACACUAGGUUAUAACAAGAUCAUCGCUCUGGGACACUCCGGCUUUAACGUGGACCAAAUCAUUGCUAAGCGAGUGAGAGGGGUGGACGUGGUUAUUGGAGGACACACCAACACAUUCCUAUACACUGGAACUGCUCCAUCUACUGAAGUACCGGCAGGUUCUUACCCGUUCAUGGUGAAGUCAGAUGAUGGCAGAAAUGUGCCAGUGGUCCAGGCGUAUGCUUUUGGAAAAUACUUGGGCUACCUGAAGGUUAUCUUUGACCAGGCUGGAAAUGUUAUCAAAGCGACUGGAAACCCCAUCUUGUUGGACAGUAGCAUACCUCAAGAUCCCAAUAUCCUUGCUGAUGUUGAAAAGUGGAAAGAGCAGCUUGCUCAGUACUCGAAGCAGUACGUCGGCCAGACAUUAGUUUACCUCAACGGAUCUUUUGAGGAGUGUCGUUUUCGAGAAUGCAACCUCGGAAACUUGAUUUGCGACGCCAUGGUUAACCACAAUUUAAAAGAGUCUAAUGAGCUGCAGUGGAAUCAUGUGGGCGUAUGCAUUUUGAACAGUGGAGCCAUUCGCACAGCAAUUGAUGAGCGAUACAAAAAUGGCACCAUAACAAUGGAGGAGAUCCUCACUGUCAUGCCAUUUCAACAAACUGUGGACUUGAUUCAGAUAAAGGGAUCAACUUUGAAAAAGGCUUUUGAACACUCCGUCCACAGAUAUGGAGGCAUGCAUGGAGAAUUCCUGCAAGUGUCAGGCAUCCAUGUAGAGUACGACCUCUCGAAGCCCGUAAACCAGCGAGUCGCUUCCUUAUCUGUGCUCUGCACUCAGUGUAGAGUGCCAAAGUACGAACCUCUGGACCCGGAGAAAACGUACACUGUUGUCAUGCCUUCCUACCUGGUGGGCGGAGGUGACGGGUACGGCAUGUUGAGGGAGGAGAAGCUGAAGCAUAAUACAGGUGAUAUGGACAUUGCGGUUUUGUCCAAAUACAUCUCUGACAUGAAGCGUGUGUACCCGGCGGUGGAAGGUCGGAUCAAGUUCAGGAGCAACGUUGCAGCAUUUUCAGCCCAUAGCCUCCCCCUGCUGUUGUUGAGUUUAUGCUUAACACUGACACGCUCACUGUGA